GGAAUCAUAGCAAUGACGUAUCUGUGCCAUAUGAUAAACUUAAUUGAAUCAAGUUGCAACGAUGUGCUUUCGGAUUGUAGAUUACCCCUGGACAAACGUUAUGGCCUCUUAGUUGGAAUAAAUUUCCGCCGAAUUUCUAGAAUCACCUCUUACAUUGAUAGCUGUCGGCGAUUUGCAGUCUCUAACGUGUAGGAUUUCGUCCAUGAGAGACCAAGGUGACGAAUAGAAGUAAGGGCAGGGUUGAAUCACCGUUUUGCUGAGUGGUUGAAGCCCAUUUGCAGCGCAGUUGUGCUCUGUGGAGGUUGAAUGUUUUCGGUGAAUUCGACCGUUGCAGGGUGCCUCAUAAGUCCAGCGGAUUGAUUGGCGCAGCUUGUGCUUGAAUGAUCUUUUUGACUUCUUCUAACCCAGGAGAGACAUAGACCCUCCGCUUUGAAGCGUAACUUUCCUCUUUGGACCUGAUAUUCAAGCCAGUUCAGCGAUGCUUAUUUUACACUGCGUGCUCGGAUUCAGCUUCGCGUAACUCCCACGAUGUCGCUUGAGAUGGUCUCGGGCUGUUGUUCGAGGUUGAAGUCCUUGAAAAUUAGGUGCAUAAUUGAGCCUCCGGAUGUAGCUUGUGAACUUUGCCAACUAAUGCCGCCACCAUUUCUGUUUAGGGCUUUCGCCAAUGAUGAGCCGCAAGGAGUCUGAUGUUGGAGGCUCGGCGAACGCAAUUCCAGGUUCCUCUCAUGAGGGAGGUAUCAGCUUCACAGAAGAUUCGCACCCUGCAAGACCCUGGAGCAAGCUACUCUGUCACCUCUGGCCUUAGCUCAGCUGGCCGCAGUGAAAAGGUCAACACAAAAACUUUCAUCAGUGAUCCUCACGAAGAUGCUCAAGCGCUGGCCAGUGAGAUCUCUGGAAAACUCGCUAAGUUUUCAUCAAUAUCCUCCACGAGUCAUGACAGCAACAUCGGAGCUCGAAGACUAUCACAACGGCGAGGAGAGUCCAAAAGCCUCAGGAUAGACAAGCUACAGAAGCCCAGAGGGUUCAAGAAGAUGAAGUCCGAGAAGGAUAGUGGUGAAGGUGACGGUAGAAAUUUGAGUGAUUCUGCGAUGGAGUACAUGAACGUGGACGUCAGAGAAAGAAUCAAACGAAUUGAAUCAGCUUUUGAGGGAUCCAGUACCACCGUCUCCGGCGAAUUGCGGAAAGAGGGACUGAUCAAGCAAUUGAAGGAACGGGGGCGGAGAGAUGCAAAUCGAAACUCUGAAGAAAAGGCAAGUGGUAGGUAUGAACGGGAAUCUGCUCGACGAGAAGAGCUCACGAGGAGGGUCAACUCCCUCUCGCAGCUCCUGGGAAAUCAUCUAAAAGGAAGUGACCGGAGCGCGCUCAAUAUGUUGGCCAUGGUGCAGGAUGAGGAGCGUCGGAACAAUUUUGAGUUGGAGAGCUUUUUUGAGAGCGACGAGGAGGGGCUCAACCCUACGCAGAUGGAAAUGUCCCGUGCUCACGAAGCAUCCCCUCUUCACAGAGCCAUGCUGUCCCGCGGCAAAGAGCAGCCGAAAAGAAAGUCUCAAAGUCGCCAUGGCUGUGAGAAACCUGCAAGUAUGCGCGCGAAAGAAAGGGGUGACAGCAUCGAACGUCCUCGUAGCGGAAAUUCAUCCGCGCGGCUCAGAGAGAUGCCUGCGACUAUCAUACUUAACGAUGAUCUCGCCGUUUCCGACCUCCCGGAGCAAAAUGGCUGCGGAAUUUGGGACUGGUCCCGGAUCCACAAGCACGGUGGCAAGACUUUCCUGGAUCUAACAGGAUUGACGUGCACGCUUCCGGAAUCGAAGCUCCUUCAAGGCGACUUACUGACGGAACAACAUCCUCCGGUGCAGUCGAUCUCCUCUCUAGACUCAGAUGCUAAUGCAUUGCCGCUUAUGAUUGGCGAGGAUGCACACGACAGUGACCCGGGAGGAUAUUAUGUGGAGACGGGAAUGCCUCAGGAGCCUCCGCGGAAUCUGAAAGGUGGGGGAAAACGCAAGGCGUCGCUUCACAAUGCUGUCAAUGAUGUACUUGUUGAGACUGGUUCCACCAACCACCUCGAAUUGACUCGAACGUUCAAUCAGAAGUACAGGCCGAAGAAUUUCAAUGAGAUUGUUGGUCAAAAUGUGGUGGUGAAAUCCCUGUCAACUGCGGUAGCGAAAAGGAAAGCGGCACCGGUGUAUAUGUUCAUGGGCCCUCGGGGUACGGGGAAGACCUCCGCUGCGAGAGUUUUCGCAGCAGGGCUGAAUUGCUUGUCGCCGGAUUAUGCGAGGCGACCAUGUGGGAUUUGUCGAGAAUGUGGGACAAUUGCGCUCAACCGGAGCGCGGACGUGCGACAGAUCGACGCAGCCUCGAAUAUGGACAUGGCGAGCAUGCGAGCUUUGAUGGGGAGCUUCACGCCACAUGCGCAGUACAAAAUCUUCAUCGUGGAAGGGUGUGAUUUGUUGAGCUCUGAUAUUUGGAAUGCAUUUCUCAAGCUGUUGGAAGAGCCGCCUCGCAAUGUGGUCUUCAUUCUCAUCACCACUCACGCAGAGCGCAUCCCGCCGACCGCCAUAUCCCGGUGUCAGAAGUUCCAAUUUUUCAAACUGAAGGAACCUGACAUUGUGAAACGACUGCAGUUCCUGGCAGCCAAAGAGGAUUUGCGCGUCGAGGCGGACGCAUUGGCGCUAAUUGCAACGAGAUCAGAUGGGUCGCUUCGUGACGCCGAAAUCUUUCUUGACCAGCUCUGUCUUUUGGACAAGAACGUUUCAAUCGCUUCAGUUAGAGAGCUUGUGGGCUUGCUUCCGGACAACAAGACUUUGGAACUGUUGGACUAUGCUCUUUCGGCCGAUACUGUGCGCACUGUUCGGACAAUUCGAGAAGUGCUCAUUUCUGGCAUUGAGCCUUUGACGGUGGUGUCGCAGCUAGGUUCUCUGAUCACUGAUAUUCUCGCUGGUAGUUUUGACGUCCACCGUGGAGCACGGAAGGAGGGAUUCUUCAGUCGAAGUUUCUCUGUUCAGGGAGAACAUCACGGGCUCCGGAGAGCGCUCAAAAUUCUCUCGAAAUCAGAAAAGCAGUUGCGCGUGUCCACGGAUCCGGCGACGUGGCUGACUGCUGCGCUUCUACAAUUUGCUCCAGAUCGAUCGCUUCCUCCUUCCGACUUCAACAUGAAUGUAGCUCCAAAUCGCGUUGUAACCGCAUCAUCUUCCGAUGUCUCUGUCUCAGGGGAGCAGCAUCCACUUGUAGACGAACUAAAUCAGGCCAAUUCUCCAGAGUCUACCUCAAAAGGGCGAGCGCUACAAGUGUACGUAGAAAAUGGGAAGGACCCCACUUUAGAAGUGGAGACUGCGACGUCGUUGUCUGAGCAGAAAUUGGAGGAAACGUGGGCCACUGUACAGCGGACUUCUCUGGGCAGUGUUGAAGAGCUUACAGAAGCCAGACCUUCACCCGAGGCUUUCCUGGAGUAUCAGAUAUUUGGAGACAAAGAGUUGGAUGAGCUGUGGAAGCGAGCUAUUCGAAAGAUAACAAAUAGGAGUUUGAAACAUCUUCUUCAGAUCCAUGGGCAACUAGUGGCAGCUGGCAUCUCCGUUGAUGGAUCACGCGCUGUUGUUCAACUGGAUUUCGACCAUGGACGUAACAAGCACAAAGCCGAGCGGUCAUGGCGGAGCAUUUGCAUUGCAUUCCAAGAACUGCUCAACAACACUCCUGUCGAGCUCAGAAUCGCCUUGAGGGAAGUUGUGCCCGAGGACCCCGACGUUCCACGCAUUGGCGAGAUGAUGGUUGACAUGGAGUUUGGUCCAUCAACUCAGCUUAAGGACAAGGGGAUUGUGAACGAAAGCACGAAUGCGGACGUCUACUUGCAAGAUGAGCAGAGAAUGCCGCAACGGAGCCGUCGAAGACGACAUGCCAGAGCCCGAAAGCACCGUUGCGAUGCGGAGAUCAUGGACACGGAGCUAGGGGCUGCGGAAGAGAGUUCGGAGUCAAACGGCAUCACUUCUCGCCGGCUUCCACCAAGAUGGAGACGGAGGGUGAAGCGGGUUGGCGCUGCCAAACAUGCACAGCAAGUCAGUCUGGACAUAGGAAUGGAUUAUCAGCAAAGCUCCAGCAGUUUCGGUGGCGAGGUGUGGGAUUCCAGGAGAGGAUCGAUUGAAACCAAAUCGAAUGAAAAGAAGCCGUUGAGUUGCAUGAUGGAGGAGCCUCAAAGUGAGAUCGAGGACCUCCAAAUGGCCAGGCAAAAAAUCUUGAAGCAGCGAGCGGCGCAGUAUCGGAACAAUCCUGCCUUGAUGGCAACCAUUGAUCACAGAAACAGCUUGAUUUCGGGAUUUCAGCGUGGACUUCCAAGUGAAAGCUCCCUUUGCUGGGAAAGGGAGACAUCCCAAUCGGACUUUUUAAUGCGGAAGACAUGGUUGAGGAGCAUGCACAAGGCUUCAGGGGCUGCACUGUUUCUCAAAAUGGUACCUUGUAGAGACUCCAGAAUAGGAAGGAAUGCAACGCCAACUUCAACAACGCCUGUUUCUGUCGCCUAAGUUGCUGCUGUUUCUUCAUAUUUCAGACAAUUUAUCGGUCUUCUGCACCAAUAGAAUCGCUGCUUUAGCGGUUGUCCACGACUUGACAGCGAGAGAGGAGUCAACUGGGCGUCGCAAAGCUCAUCCGACCAAUUGAAUUGCUCCGAUUCGUGGAUCGGGAAGAGUGCACAGCAUUCAGCUUCCACGUCAAUAUUGGUGGGUGAAGUCGUAUGUAUAUUAGUAAAACUGGCAGACAUAGAUCAUUCUUAAAGAGCCGAUAAAAUAAGAGCAGUGGAGCUCGGAUUAGUGUAGUUGCAAGUAGGUGGAUUAUGUAGUAGACCGCAGGGUUGUGUAGUGGAGAUAUUCUUUUAGAACAAGGCUUCCCAUAAGGAGAAACCAAUUCCAUAGCUAGCUCUAGAUUCAUCAAUGGUAAUGAAGAGUGGUCAGAAGAUUUUAGCGUUGAGCAUCUUCUUCGUUGAAUUCUUCAAUGUGCAGUCUCACUUGGUAUAAUGAGUUUUGGCGAAUACUUAACUUGCAGAACUAUUCAAUCA